GAGAGAGGGAGUAGCGGAGAAGCAUGUGGCAUGCAGAGAGAAGAGAGCAGCGGAUGAGAGCGCUCUCUCACCUCCUUUCCACAGACAGCAGCUAAUGAAGUAAAAGAGCGAGAGACGAGAAGUGCGUAUAAAGCUGGAGAUCUUCUACCUGAGGAAACUUUCUGACACCAACCAGAGCGCAUCAUUGGGUUGCACACAGAGAAAAAAAGAAAGGAAGACAAGCAUCUACUAUGGAGAAUAACAUAAUAUGCUGAAGACAAUGGGAGACUGAAAGGGACGCUUUUUUGACCUCUGCACUGACACCUUUAUUGGAUUUCCGAUUUCUGAGUUUCAGGUCUCAGCUCUAUCAGCUCGCAUGAGCGAAGUGUUAACUCUUCCAACAUGGCCGUCAUGUACACUGACGGAAACCGUCGACGUCGUCCCACACACUUCCAAAAUGUGAUUACAACACUUCCAGACGUCAGACAAGUCAACGUAUUUUACAUCCCCCUACAAACUGCGACAGUUUCAAGAUGUUGAAUCCGGGUUGGCAGCUGAACUUCGGGGCAUCAUGGUCAAUGUGACGCCCAGUAUAGACCCAACGUUGGCCCACGAGGGGUAUAACUACCUGGCAUUGAUAUGUGGCGUGCCUCUCAUCCUCAUCAUCAUUUUGGGGAAUGUCCUGGUAUGCCUCAGUGUGCUGACAGAACGCUCACUCAAAACAGCAACCAACUACUUCAUUGUCAGUCUGGCCGUGGCUGAUCUCCUGCUGGCCAUUCUCGUUCUGCCACUUUACGUCUACUCUGAGUUUCUGGGAGGGAUAUGGACCCUCAGUAUGUACAUCUGUGAUGCCCUGAUGACUAUGGAUGUUAUGCUCUGCACUGCCUCAAUUUUGAAUCUAUGUGCAAUUAGUGUGGACAGGUACAUUGCGGUGGUUGUCCCACUGAAGUACAACAGGAACCAAUUUAGCGUUCGUCAGCUGGCCUUGAUCACAGCCACCUGGGUGCUUUCCCUGGGUGUAGCCAGUCCUGUUAUAUUCGGCUUGAACCAGGUGCCGAACAGGAACCCUCAUGUGUGUAAACUAGAGGACAACCAAUUUGUAGUUUACUCCUCCGUCUGCUCCUUCUUUGUCCCCUGCCCUGUCAUGCUUUUCCUUUACUACUGGAUGUUCAGAGGACUUAAGCGAUGGAGCUCUGGUCGUAACCGGUCACACCUCCGCCGGCCACCCAGAGGCCGCAGGAGUCUGUCUUUGCGACUGGGAGCAGCUCUACAGAAGGAGAAGGGACGGGCAAGGGAGAAGGUGGUUUAUCUCAUGCCUGCAGGUCUCAGUCCAACAUCUCUUACUGCUACUCCAACUACUCCAAUCUCCUCAACCAGUCCUGUUACUCUCACCACGGACGAUCUUGCUGAGGGUCAGAUGCCAGGAGCAGAGAGUGACCCCAUGACAACGCAGAUGGACAGUGUGUCUGAUGCAGAAAACCCUGAACGGGCCACUGAGGAUGAUAGUGGCAGGGAAAAUGGUGUGGGGAAAAACCAUAGACCUCAUACUGGACGCCGCCACAGCAAGAGCAACAGGGUCAGCGGACGGGAGCGCAAGGCAAUGAAGGUGCUGCCUGUGGUUGUGGGUGUUUUUCUGGCCUGCUGGACUCCAUUCUUCGUGGUUCAUGUGACUAAGGCACUAUGCGAGUCAUGUGAUAUUGGACCAACACUGAUUAGCGUGGUCACAUGGCUUGGUUACGUUAACAGCGCCGUCAACCCCAUUAUCUACACUGCCUUCAAUGUGGAGUUCAGGAACGUCUUUCACAAACUUCUCUGCUGUCGUUCCUGAGGUUGAAUGUGCAGUAAUUCAACCAUUCAAACAAUACUGAUUUAAAAAAUCAAGAUCUGAGCACACGGUGAUCUCCAAGCAUAGGAAUGCUUGAACUAUGGAUAAUAGGGUGUGCAGUGGAAUGUACCAUCAAGGAAAAUUUCUUGCCUUAGUUAACUGGACCAUUUUUUUUCUUGUAAAGCGAUUGCUUGAACACUACAGUAGAUAACAGAAUACUGCUGAUUUCAUAGCCCAGAGGCAUAAAAUAUGUGAAAAUGUCCACAAUGGAAAUAACAGUCGUCUGUGUUUGAUAUGUGAUUGGUAUCAGUGUUCAUUUAAUUCUUUUUUUAAAUGGAUUUUCUUAUGUUGUUUGUUUUGAAUAGAUAUGCAGUGUGGACAGGAAGCUUUUUUCAUGGUUUAAGAGCUAAGUCAACACAUUUGGAUGUUAUCAAGAGCUGUGUUUGGAAUGGCAUAACAGCAUACAUGCAAUGGAAUUUUUGCAGGUUUUAGCUGAAUGAACUAAAAUAAUUAUUUUAUUCAACCCAGGCUCAUUCUGAAAACGUACCCCUAUAUACUUUUCU